AUGUACAAAUUUACUUUAGUUUUUGGUUUAGCUGUCAUCUUGUUAACAACUCUAGCCAUCGAUGCAAAUAAAGAAUAUUCAAACAUUUACUCCAACUCGAAGGGUGGAAUGCCAGGAUAUGCUGAAGGAUUUGAUGAAAUAAUAGACGGUGUUAAUGCCAGCGUUAUAUCUCCUUCAAUUUUAUUUUUGACAAAAUUGACAACUUCACAGGACACGACAAUUCUAAGCAUCGCAAUUGGUGAAAUAAUUGAAGAAUUUUACUCAAAAUAUUCAAAAAAUGUCGACAUUAUCGAUUUUCGUGGUCUUCAAGGUGACCUGAUUGGUAAAAUAAUGAAAAAAUCAAAUAAUUCUUUGACAUUAACACUAGCUAAAGUGAAUAAUCCUUUAAAAUUCACAAAGAAGCUUGAAAGUCAAUCAAUUUUGCUGUUCAAUCACAUUCUUGAUUUGAAUUUGUUUAAUAAAAAAGAUUUGAUUCGAUUGCGUUACAUAAAUCCAAUAAGGUUUCUAGUUUACUGUCAGAAUGCAACAAAACAGAUGCUUACAAUACUCAAAACUAACUUAGUUAUCCCACCGCACUUUUAUUUCAUUAUUUUUGAUAAUUCGGACCAAAAAUUCAAACUUUUUACGUACGAAAAUCGAAAAGAACUCAAAUUUUGCCACGAAAGUCAACGAGUUGUUCAAAUAAAUGAAUUUUCAGAGAAAACUCUUCAAUGGACAAGCUUUCCAGUCUUCCCAAAAAAAUAUCAAGACUUUUACAAUUGCAUCAUGGUUUUAGGCAUUCCUGGUGGUUCAAAUUUCUUUCGAAUUUUACGACAAAAUGUUAAUAGAGAAUCAUCAGAAGGCCCGAUGGUCAAAGUGUUGACUGAAGUUGCAGACAUUUUAAAUUUUACUAUAUUAGGUAAUGCUUGUGAUACAAUGAGCUGCUUAGAAACUUCGAGGAAAAAUCGAUAUCUCUACAAUAUUAUCAGUUUAGAAACUCUUGAUGCCAACGCAAUUAAUAUGAAUGAAAAUAGCAACUGGAAAAAUAUUUUACUUAACAUUGAGUGCACGCCACAACUGUUCAUUCCACCCGGCGAUCUGUACACAUCCUUUGAGAAAGUUCUCCUUCCAUUUGACUUUGAAACGUGGAUAUGCUUGACUAUCGCUAUGUUUUCUGCAGUUGUUGCAAUUUGUAUCAUUAAUCGGUUCCCAUUGAUGGUUAAAAAUAUUUUCUAUGGCUCAAAAGUACAAAGUCCAAUGCUCAACGUAGUUCGAGGAUUUUUUGGAAUCGGACAAACAAUUUUGCCUAAAAAGAACUUUGCUAGAUUGAUUUUACUGUCAUUUAUUUUAUGGUGCUUGGUUAUAAGGACAGCUUAUCAAGGAAAGCUAUUUGAAUUCACAACAACGGCAAUAAGGAAGCCUGAAAUGAGAACAUUAGAGGAGCUGAAGGAUAAGAAUUUUUCACUUUAUAUGCCUGAUGAAAAUGAGUAUCACAAGAUAUUGGACUUCGUCAAGAGGGUAAUCGGCCUAAACACCGAAACUGUCUCAAAUCAUGUCUAUACUGAAAUCUAUACAAACAAGAUAUCCGAUCCCUCAUUCACUGGAACUGUCCUCACCUGCGACAUCGAGCAUCAGUUAAACAUUUACUUUUCACAAGUUUCAUUCCCAAAACGAUUCAUUCCAACACCAAUCACAAAGUCAUUUUAUGCAAUUGGAUUCUUAUAUCCAAAUCUGUGGAACGAGAGGCUUCAAGAAAUUAUUGAAGGAUUCAUAACCGGCGGGAUCAUCAACUUGCACAUGGAAAGAUUCACAAAGUCAAAAUGGAAUCUUGAAAAUAAUGAUUUUGAGACAGAAAAAGUUGUGCUUAAUUUGAGUCAUUUAGGAUUUGGCUUUCAGAUUUGCUUUUUCAUGAUUUAUGCUGCAUUUUUGGUGUUUUUCGGAGAGUUGAUUGUGUUGUGGAAGGAUCGGAAGGAUAAGCUAAAGGUUAAGUUAAAGGCUAAGCCAAAAAAUACCCCAAAGUUUAUGCCAAACGCUCUUCGUAGAACAAUUGAUGUAAGAAGAAGAUUGUUAAUGCUGAAAUAAAUAAAUUUUGUAUUAUUGUU